UUCCGAGAAGGACCCCGAGGGGGCGCUCCCCCAACACUCUUCCCCACCUGUCUUUCGUCCCCUGACCUGGGCUGGCAGGGAUCUUCCUACAGACGUCGCCUCCUCCUGGAGCCUGUACAAUGUCCUGAACUUGCCCGCUGGCAUGGUGCCGGUCACCGCGGUGACGCUGCAGGACGAGGAGGAACUGGCCUUCUACAAGGGAUACUACGGAGACAGUUCUGACAAAUCUUUCUGGGAGGCGGUACAAGGAUCCGUGGGACUUCCUGUGGCUGUGCAGUGCGUUGCUCUGCCGUGGGAGGAGGAGCUGUGUCUCCGGUUCAUGAAGGAGGCGGAGACCUUGGCCAAGAACCACAGGGGACCUGAGUGAUUUGGUCACUCCUCCUGGAGGCCUUCCUACAUCCUCAUCCAAGUCUGCUCCUGAUGCCUCUUCUCAUGAAUACUAUAUCUGACUCAUGUUUCCUCUUCCCAG